GUCAGCAGGUAGACAGACAGUCGAUGAGAUCCCAGGGGAGGGAGACUCGACAUGCUUCGGAACUUAGUAAAUGUACACUCGUGUGUCUUUUUGCAACUUUUCAACAUGUGUAUGACCAAUAUUAGUGUUUUAACGACUCGCGUUUAAGCGAUUAUACAUUUGUUAAAGCUUUCUUUUCAGUAUCUCUAUGUUAAUAGUGAAGUUUAUAUUCUAUAUUUUUUAAGCAGCGGCGGGAAGGAUCUCUUUUCAGAAUUGUUACAACUUUCAGACGUGGAACUCGGGGAAAAUACUUUUUUGGAGGCUGCCAGGGAGCGAACAGGUUUUAGAUGCGUAGCAACUUUAGUGGACGAUAGACAUAAUUGUGGAUGCGUCGGCUGCAGAAAUGACACGAGAUGUAUACUCCUAAUUAAUUAACUUCUUUCAUGUUAAGUAACUAAUGCAACGAUUCCAUUGGAUUAGUUAAACUUUUCAAGAGUAGGGAAAUCUCCGUUGUCAACUUUACAGUGGCAUUUUUGUCAAAAGAUUGUCGCAACGGACAAUCUAUUGCAUUUUCGUUGUUUACUGUAUUGUCUCCUUUCAUCUUGGAAUCCGUCAUAUCAACCAACAUCAACCUGAUUUUGUUCCUGUUGGUUUCUGAAACCUCUGGCUGGGGAUAUCGUCACAACAUCCUAUCCAGCGUCAAGAGUAGGGCAUUUGCUUUUUAGGUAUUUGACAACUUGUUGCAUCUGGAGCCCCUCUGCCAGAUUGGACUUUUUUUGUCUUGCUCUGGAAAUGGAAUACCGGUACAUUGGAUACACUUUGGUUUUAAAUCAGGCAGAACUGUAGAAUGUCUAUAGUGGGUUGGGUACGAAUUAAAGUACAAACAUUGUUGCAAAAUGUUUAUUGAAAUCUUGCCAGUGGUUGAAGAUUACAAGAGCCGCCGUGUGCCCGGACUGAACCGAUGUGUCUAUGACAACUUUAACAAGCACGUUGAAAACGAGGACCGGGCCGCUGUUUAUCUCAUGUAAGGAGCUCGUGCUGUAUGUGAACGGUGAACUAAAUGUAAUGCCUAUUCAACUUUAAGCAACGCAAUUCCAAUUAUUCAUUUGAUGUUGUCGAACUUGUGCAUGCAAUGUUUGGCCUCUCCUGUUAGUGAUACCGGUUAACACACAUGAUCUCAAUCCUAUCUUAUUAGGCUAAGUAUGAUAUGUUUAUUUGAUUGUUAGCAAUUCCAUAAUUUAGAAGCAAACGUUCAUAAUUUUUUCUUAUGAGUGAAUAUGAAGACCACUUUACUUGGCGUGUUUAACUGUUUUUACCUGGAACAAACAUUCAAAGCGGGAUAACAAUUCAUUACAAAACCACAAGACAACAUGGCAGUCCGUGAGCCUUAACACUUUGGAUAAAAGCCUGUAUUUCGAGUCGUUUUCACGGGUUUCUACCAUUUCUAACCCAUAAAGCAGAGGACCAGCGCUGGGCCAUAUAUUUCUUGUCCUGAAUCAACAUUGGUGGUUAGCAGCUUUUGAAGUCCACGAUGUACAGCCGGAGCCCGCCGCUACAGCCGAUCCAAUGAUCGUUCUCCAGCGGCGACUGGCCGGGCUCUGGCCGUGGCUGCUCAUGGCGGCCCUGCAGGUGGUGUUUGGCCAGACGGGCCUGGAGCUGGCGGCGGCCGUCGAGACGGAGCGCUCGGCCCUCAGGGCUGUCAUCAAGGUGACACUGCUGAAAAACGAGCCAACGGGGAAGCCCAUCACUCUGGAAGGGGUGUUUGUCGGAGGGAGCGCCGGCUCUGCAGAGGGGAAGCUCAUGCAGUCCCACCCUCUGUCCCUGUGCAACACCAGUGAAGAUGAGCGCCAGGAGUCAGACUUCAUCAGCAUCGUCAAGCUGGAGAGCCCGGAGCGCAAGGUGCCUCAGUGUCUGCCCCUGCUCAACAAGGCUCGCCUGGCGCUGGAGAGAGGGGCUCAGGCUGUCAUCUUUGAUGUCACUGAUGAUGUCAACGCUAAGUUCCAGCUGCCUGAGUCAGACUCCCUGCUGCGUCCGGUGGUGCUGAUGCAGGCUGCGGAUGCUGAGAUGCUGAUGGAACUGGUCAACAGGAACGAGGAGGCCAGAGUCCGCAUCGACAUCAAGAGAGAGGACCCCAAAUGGCCCCACUAUGAUGUUGUUGUCCUGCUCACUAUAGUCCUUGCUAUUCUGGCCAUCGUUUCGAUCUUUGCUUUCCGGUACAGAUGCAAGUCCAGCAGAACCUGGGACUCGGUCCACCAGCAGACGAUGCGAGCCAUCAGUCGUCUGGAAACGCGGACGUACAGCUCUCAGGGCUGCGGGGGCUCACAGCGCCACCGUGGGGGCUGGAGGUCUAAUAGCAGCUCUAACUCCAGCCCUGUCUGUGCCAUCUGUCUGGAUGAGUUCCUGGAGGGACAGAACCUGAGGAUCAUCUCGUGUGCUCAUGAGUUCCAUAAGGAAUGUGUGGACCCCUGGCUACUGCAGCACCGCACCUGUCCCCUCUGCAUGCACAACAUCAUGGGUUCAGAGCUGUCUGGACAGCCACGGAGGACAAGACUACAGCAGACCCCCGAACACAGCCAGGGUUUCCUGCACCCCCACGCCCACACCUUCCCCCAGCACCCCAUCCCCUUCUCCAUGAGGCCUCACUUCCCCCGCGGCCCCUCUGGUCCAUACCCCUCCCUGGGCCACUAUAGCGGCUCCCCGCCUCUGGACCCCCAGACCCACCGCUUCCUUCCUAGCCGGCCCCUGGGCCCUGGCUGCGGAUACCUUCACCCUGCAGAGGGCCCCGGAAGGCCCCACAGAGCCGGGGUCAGCUGCAAGACAGCAGGCCACUCUAUGGAGACGCACUAUGGCCCCGGGCCUCGCCGCUCCUGCCACGCCUACCGCUCAGGCUGCCCUUCCCAGCGCAGCGCCUCCAGUUCCAGGCUCCACCACGCCCCCUCCUCUGCUCCCCGCGCCUCCGCAGGGGGAGCCCACAGCCGGGGGAACGAGGGGGGCAGCUGCUCUGGGGGGAGCUACCGGACAGAGCGCAGUGGCUACCUGGCUGAUGGGCCGGCCAGUGACUCCAGCUCUGGCCCCUGUCACGGCUCCUCCAGUGACUCGGUACUCAACUGUACUGACGUGUCCCUGCAGGGUGUUUAUGGUAGCUGGUCCACGUUCCGCAGCUCCCUGAGCAGUGACUAUGAUCCGUUUGUGUACUACGGGCCGGGACCGACAGGCCGCAGGGACAGCAUGGAAGCAGGGGCCCAGAGACCCAGGUCCCUGGAUUCAGUGGUGAACAGAGACAGAGAACGAGGAGGAAGAGGAGGAGGAAGAAGAGGAGGGUGCUCUGAGGAACAGCAGCAGGCUGUGUUUAGCCACGUCCACUACCACCGCCACCGUCACCACUACUACCGAGAGGAAGGGGAGAGGGAGCACGCCCAGGGCCAGGGGCCAGGCAGGGGGUUGGGCGAGGAGCUGGGGGCUACUGCUGCUGCUUUUGGCCCUGAGUCAGGAUCUCCCCCGGCUCUGGACAAAGAUUCCCCAGUGUGCCCUCUGAAAGACAGCCCCUAUCACUGCCCUAAGGCAGACCCCACAGACAGUAGAGGGGCCCAUGGCCACGGGACAGAGGGUCAGGGCCAUGAGCUCAGCCACCCCUCAGGCCCUUCUCCAGUCCUGGUAACCCCAGCCCCCUUACCUCCCCCACCCACCUGCUGCCACCAGGACCACAGCCACGGGGGCCACCCUCACCGGAGGGCAGGCCGGCUGGGCGACUGUGUGCUCGACGGCCCCUCAGUGCUUUUCCAACAGGACCUGGACCUGCAGGACGACUGUAGCAUCCACAUCCACUAUGACCAGGGCUACUGCUGCCCCCCGCCCGACCUGCCCCCCGCUCUGCUCUCCAUGCCUGUGCCCCUCAUCAUGGACUCUGGAGGAAUGAGGCCCCUGGGGGGUCUAGAGGACUGGCCCUGCUGUGGAGGUCCCCACCAUGUGGUGUGGCAGAAGCGGGUGCAGCAGGCCCACUCUGAGCCCCAGCUGCUGGGGCCCGGGCUGGGGGUCCCUAUGGACAGAGCCUCGCCCCCAUCCAGCAGGCGCCACCAUGGCCCAGCGAACGUCUACAACACAGACGUUUGUUUAUACUGCCAAACAUUACACAAUAAUCAGGGAUCCGAGGAGGAGUCCGGCGUGUGAGGACUCGCGAGUUGCAUCCCCAACGUCACGCUGCUACGUACACAGGAGCCAGGAACGGACAAACACUUCAUCGCGAGGCCAUGUUUCUCAAGUCUUCCAUAUAAUUCCACAUUAAAUAGCUGCAUUCAGACUACACUUCCCAGAAUCCCCCAGUCAGUGCUCAGAGUUCCGUCUGUCCAACAACGAUCAAAAUAAGUCUAUGAGAUUCUGAUUGUUUUGAAGUUUAUUUAUUUUGACCAUCAAUUCAAACAAUAAGCACAAGUCAUGUAUGGACCUCAAAUUGCUCUAAUUCAUUGUUGAAUUCCAGUAUUUCAAUGUGUUUGAUUGGGAGUUUUGUUGUUGCUUAGUGAUUGUGUUUCAAGAUGGAGACUGACUGGGAGAUGCUGGAAAUUGUUUUUUUGUCUUGUUUUUUAUUUUGUUUUGUAAAUGACAGGAAGAAUUCAAUACCAACAAGUUCCCAGGUUGCCUUAGUAACCACAAGGAAUGAUCACUGCUCAGGGCUUGAGCCUCGAUUCACAUCACGAAAUUCCCCCAACUAUCUCCCUCAUUAGAAAUCACAUGGACAUCACAUGGUCAUAUUGGAUGUCUGAUUCCUUGAGUGGUUGAUUGAGUACUUAAUCAAUUAUACUAUGAGGUACUACUCAGUAAUACUUGAUUUUCCCUCACAUCCUUAAUAUCCUUAAAGUCCUUUAUUUGUGUAAAUACACUAUGUGGACAACCAUUGGAUCAUGUAUUACACCCAUACAUGGAGGUUUCUUGCUCUUUUCAGCCUAACAAAUCAGAUUCAGAAAUGCUUCCCGUGGGCGUGGGUUUCUCUAAGGUACUCAGGUACUCUCUAAGGUACUCAGGUACUCUCUAAGGUACUCAGGUACUCUCCAAGGUACUCAGAGCUACAGAAAACAGACAAGAAACGUAUCAUUGGGGGAGAAGAGUUAUUUUCUUAGCUGGACCUACAAGCAGUGAGCAUUCUGAAAGGUCAUCCUGAGAGGUCAUCCUGAGAGGUCAUCCUGAGAGGUCAUUAGAGGUUAGUAUGGGGACUUGUGUUGGUUCAUUCAAUAAUGGCAGCUGUUUCCAUCACAUUUAGUUUGUUUUGUGGUUCGGUAAAAACAUUUUUUUUAUCAUUUUGUUUUUCAUCGUUAAAAGAACCAGACUGAUCUAUGUUAUUACAAGCUAUUUUUGUUUUUCUCAUGUUGCCAGUGGUUACGUAGUAUGUUAGACCUGAGCGCUGGUUUGGUGACCAGUGAAGGAUGGAGGGUGCCUCCACACAGACCUGGGUUCAAACUGUAUUUGACAUAUUUCAAAUACUGUAGCUGUGCUUGAUUCAGCUUACUUGGCUCCAUGGGACCAAUGUUAUAGUCCUAAAAAUGCAAUCCCCGCCCAUCUGGCGUGCACUCCAGUAAGGAUAAAGUAUGCAAAUGCUCAAGUAUGUGAAAUAUUUAAAAUUCUAUUUGAACCAAAAAGUAGGUCUGCCACCAGAACAGCAGCGUGAGUGGAGCUUCGCUCGGCUCAGGAAGGACAUGCACCAUGUCGUCUGCUCUUCACCUGUGACCCCUGACCUUUAACCCCGUGACCUAUUACACAACCCUAUCAUUGUCCACCAGUAAGGUUAUUUCCUCCUUUCCAUUUCCCAUCUACCAGCAGCUAUAACUCACCAGGGGUGCCCUUAUCUUAAACAUUGUAGCAAAAUAUUAUACAUAAUUACUAUGUAAUAACUGGAGGAAAGCCAUGAUAAUUCAUUAUUCAUUCAGCUUUGGGAACAUCCAUUAUUCACAACCAAACAUUUACCAAACAAACCUGCGGCCUUAAAUAGAAGACUGGUGCCGUUCGGUCAGUCAAGUCCUUUCCCUGAAUGUCUCACUUGGAUCCAACAUCCCAGGAGAUUAAAAGAGGACAGAAAAGUCAUGUUAAAUGUGUGUAGUUAUACAGUACCAGUCAAAAGUUUGGAUACGCCAUCCGCAUUCAAGGGUUUUUCUUAAUUUUUUUACUAUUUUCUACAUUGUACAAUAAUAGUAAAGACGUCAAAACUAUGGAAUAACGGAAUCAUGUAGUAACCAAAAAAGUGUUAAACAAAUCAAAAUAUAUUUGAGAUUCUUCAAAGUAGCCACCCUUUGCCUUGAUGAUAGCUUUGCACACUUGGCAUUCUCUCAACCAGCUUCAUGAGGUAGUCACCUGGAAUGCAUUUCAAUUAACAGGUGUGCCUUGUUCAUUUGUGGAAUUUCUUUCCUUCUUAAUGCGUUUGAGCCAAUCAGUUGUGUUGUGACAAGGUAGGGGUGGUAUACAGAAGAUAGCCCUAUUUGGUAAAAGACCAAGUCCAUACUAAGGCAAGAACAGCUCUAAUAAGCAAAGAGAUGACAGUCCAUCAUUACUUUAAGACAUGAAGGUCAGUCAAUACAGAACAUUUUAAGAACUUUGAAAGUUUCUUCAAGUGCAGUUGCAAAAACCAUCAAGCGCUAUGAUGAAACUGUCUCUCAUGAGGACUGCCACAGGAAAGGAAGACCCAGAGUUACCUCUGCUGCAGAGGAUAAGUUCAUUAGAGUUACCAGCCUCAGAAAUUGCAGCCCAAAUAAAUGCUUCACAGAGAUCAAGUAACAGACACAUCUCAAUAUCAAC